AUCCCCUUGAAAGAACACGAGGAAAGUGAACGUCGCAGAUUGCUGGAAAUAUCCAAAGGCUCAAAUCUCACAUUUCUACGCCGCAGACAUGGAUUGUGGAGUCAUAACAUCGAAAACCGUCCUUUUACUUCUCAGUUUAAUAUUUUGGGCUGCUGGAGUGGCCCUUGCCUAUGUUGGUUCUUAUGUGAUCAAAAGCUACAGCAACUUUGAAGGCUUUGUGGCCGAUAAGUACUCCCUCGUCCCUGCAGCCAUUAUAAUCGGAGUGGCUGUGGUCAUGUUUGUCAUUGGGACUGUUGGCUGCUGUGCAACUCUGAGGGAGUCCAAAGUUGGUUUAGGCUUUUUCCUUCUUAUCAUCAUGGUAAUCUUCGCUGCUGAGGUGACUGCCUUUGUGUUUGGCUUCAUCUACAGGGGCAGAAUUAAGGGUGACUUAGAAAAGUCAAUGAGUGAUGUCUUCCAGAAGUAUGAUGGUCUCAACACUGAAUCCCAUGCAGUGGAUUACUUGCAAUCUCAGUUGCAGUGCUGUGGAGUGCAGAACUACACCGACUGGACAGCAACACCAUGGUAUGGCCAACAUAACAACUCUGUGCCACACUCCUGCUGUAAAGCCAACACUACACAAUGCAGUGGGCUAUUCAACCAACCAGAACUUCUGAACACACAGGGAUGUGAAUCUAAACUGGAGCAGGUGCUGCAGGAUGUUCUUAGUUAUGCAAUAUUGGUCAUCCUGGGAUUUGCCAUCAUAAAGUUGUUUGGGAUGCUCAGCAUCUGUGUCAUCACCUGCAGAAGCAAAAAUAAUGAUUACCAACCUCUGUAUGCAUGAGAGUAAAAUGAAGUCUCCUGAAUCCCCUUGGAACUGUCUCUUUACUGUGCAGCUAAAGACAGCCUCAUUGGCACCAUGAAGAUAAUAGGUUUUCAAAAGGCAUAUUUUGGAAGUAUGCCAGUAUUCCACAUAUUGUAAUGCCUUUGGUUUGGUUUGCAAAGUUGUUGUUCAACUUGUAUGCAUCAAGAAAUGCUGACAUGAAACCACAGAAGUAUGUUGUCAAGAAUUUUUAUUUAUUUGUCUUUUUCAAAUUAAAGAAUCAAUUUUUCACUCUUAAGUGCAUCUCAUAUUUCCUCUGUAAUUUUGAUGGUUAAUGUUUUCAUGCCAAAUAGGUCGAUAAUACCCCUACAAAAUACUGUAUACUCCCCAUCUACCCAACCCCACAAAGUUUAAGGAAAGAUUAGCACAACAGAGCUUUACCAAAUGUGUUGGAAUCUUCUUUAGGUCAAAAUUUAAAGUUGAUAUAGGCACAUAACUUUGUACACCAUGUUACGUUCAGUGUUUUCUUUUUUCUGCCUUUCAAAUUCUUUAUUGCUAUUUACUUUAAAUGUUAAAUUGUCUUCUGUGAUGCAAUCACGUAUGUUUGUUAUACCCAUUAAAUUUACUUAGUUUAGCAGAGGAAUAAAUCUGUGACUGUUGUUUAUCAAC